AUGACCAAGACUGGCAUGUCAUUUGUACAGUUCAUCCGCACGUUUCGGCUGUGCGCUUCUGAGGCCACCGAGUUGAUGAACUUGGUCGGUGAAGAGCAACGCAAGAUUGAUGAUUUCGACAAGGAGAUCAAGAAACACUUGCAUGCUGCUGAUCUGACCUGGAUGGACGAGUACAACAAAACCCACGCUCCACUUAUCACCGACCAUUUUACCGCCAAAGAGAUUCGACUGGCAAAGGAUUUCAUGACUUUCAUGGGCUUUGAGGACAUUGCUUCCAAUCUCGGUGGAUAUGUAGGCGUUGGCGCUGGUAGGCGGUUCCCUAUUUCGCUCAACCACUUCUGGGGAGAUGGAUUCAGAGACCUACCACCCCAUUUCAAAGUCUUCUGUUCGGAGGAGCUUGACAAAAUGGCCAGCACCUGGGAUGAGGUGCAGAAAGAGCACCCGCCACGCCUGUCAACUCCAGAGAUGCUGGUCAGGCUUGAUCCUCCGCCUGGUACGAUCAACCCAAGGAGACUCCUCAUCAACCCAGAGCCCGCCCCAUCUGCCCGGCAGCCUCCCGGCCAAUAUCAUCUUGCUGGUGAUGCCUCUGUUGCCGACGCUCCGAUUCGGAAUCCUGCUCUCCCACUUCGUUCAACCACGGCUUCUUUCCCUCCAGGACUGCAUGGACGCCAACCGCAUUCCGUGGAUGCAGGUUAUCGUAAUGCCGAACAAGCACAGCCUGUUAAUUUUGCACAGCAUGAUUUUCCAGCUUUUCUACCGGACCCAAGCUAUGGUGUUCCCAUCAACCCCUUCGCUAGCAUGCCUCCCCCAAGCAUACCUGGCAGUCCUAGACAUUCCCAACACGGUGGCUGGCAGCGUUAUUUGCAAGUGCAGGACGAGCCUCAAUUCCCUCAAGGGCCUCAGCAUCAGCAUAUUUACCACGACAGAGGGACGCAGUGGGGCCUACCGGACCGCUACCGUGAGCCAGCGAACGUUCAUUUCGCAAUGGCAAUGGGAGAAGACCAAGAGCUCAGACAACCGCCCAUGAUCAUUCGGACUCGCUAUCCUCCGCCGCCCGCACACUCUCAACAACCUCCGGAUAUCGAUAUGCACCGGGAGCUCACCUUGAGCCCGGCCUUUGGCCAUGCAUCCAGUCGAGUAGUACCUGGCAGCAACCACAGAGAGCAUCCCGAUGUUGCAGGUCUCUUGCCUCAUCGUCGUGCCCCUGAACCAAUGGAUCAUCGCCUACAGCAGAUGCCUAGUCAUGAUCGUGGCGACCGAAGCAACCAAGCAUUUGAUCCGCGUCAGUGUGUGCACGCAUUCCGUGCUGCUCCCCAGAUUGCUGCUUACCCGUCCGGGAUGGGCCAUGUUCCUCAGGACCAUGUCUCAUCCGGGGAGCUGUCAAGGCGGAACAUCGCCAGUGGCAGCGGGACUGAAAUGCCACUUAUGAACACUACCCAGCUGGCUUUGCUGUAUCGCACAUAUGAUCAGCCCCGUCCAUCAAGGGGGACGCUGCACCACACUGCUGGUUAUGUAGGGCGUUCAGCUGGCACGGGUCAACUCUCCCAUCUCCAAGGCAACUAUCCUAUCCCGGUCUUUGGUAGACAAACUGGUCUAGAGGAAGCUAGACAUGUUGGCAAAAUGAGACAGAAGGAUGCUCAAGCGUCCAGCGCACAACCGCCGAAAGAAAGCUUCAGCGAACCCCUUCUCAAUUAUCCCCGACCCAAGAUCCAGCAGCGAGAUCCCAGGUUGCGCAAGGAGGUUGAUAAGUUGAGAAACAAGUUUCAGAACACCUGGACUUCGUCUUCAGAGUCAGAGUCGGAGCCAGAAGAGAAUGAAGAGGAUAUUCUCCGGCCCUUGAAGACCCGUUCUACGCGUGUAGAGCAAAUUCCGGAGGACGACGACAGUGACAACGACUUUGUUCUCCCCAAUGAGGACGAAAUCCAGGAAAACAAGCAGGAAAAAAGAUCCAGGGCAUCUUUGCCGUCGAGAAAGAGGGCUAUCUCAGCCGCAUCUGCGCCCGCUGAACCGAGAAAGAGGUCAAACACAGCAAUCAAGAAGUCGGCCAAUACGGUGGCUCCUGUUGCUCGAGCGACCAACAAGAGAAAGGCAGCGCAGACUCAGGAGAGCCAGGUCGGUCCGAAGAAGCGUCGUGUGAAUGACGAAACAUCAUCCACCCGUGCUAGCUCCAGCACAAGCCGCAGUCUGCGGAGGAAAUCUGCGCCCGCUGUCGAGGAUCUUUCCGAUGGGGGGGAGUAUGAUGAGGGGAAGAAGAGCAAACCAGUCAGGGGAAGGCGCCAGCCUGGGGGUGUCUGGGGAGACGCCAACACCAUGUUCACAAACGGCCUGGGUGGCUUUAUGAAGCGUUCUGAUGUAGCUGCCCUGCCCAACACCAAGUACCGACCCGGCGGAUCGUUCGGCGGUGGAAAAUGGCUGGAAGAGGACACUGGGAUCAUGUGGCUCCCCGUGAAUCCGGCAGAACAAUGCAGGAAGAAUGUGGUUGAAAAUCAAGCCACGGCGAAUUGCGCGUCGGGGGCCGAGGUUGUCGGGACCGGAGAGAAGACAACCAAAAAGAGCACAAAGACGACGACUCAGGCUGUCAAGAAGACUAUCCGGCUGGCUUCUCAAGCAGCCACGCCCUCUCCUUCCAAGAUAGUGUCGUCACAAAUCACCCACUCGUCAGCUACCAUCGGGCACAGCAGUCCAGCCAUGGCCCCAAAGGGCGAGAGCUUUGAGGAACUCCUGUCGUCCAGGGGGUUUUACACCCGCGAGAAGUUUGAGACAGAUUCUUUGUUUUGGGCUUACAUCUCUGCGCUGGGCCCGCCGUUCUCGACGCAUCCCGGUGCGCCAACUCCCCAAUCCCCUCCCAAGGGAAAGAGCCUGGAUAACUACAUCCCAACCCAGACACGCGCCGAGCAUGAGGUGUAUCUAGCCACUCAGAAAUCAACGGGCGGUGAGGUAUCCCGGUCUCAAGACGAACAGACACAGGGACAGGGCCAACAGAAUGAGGAGAUCCAGGAGAAACUCCAAGAGAGUACUAGGGAGACGCAGGGGACACAGAGAAACCAGGAGACCCAGGAAAAGCCUCGGCACGAAUCCCUAGAGAAAUCCCAGGAGAUGUCUGAUGGUGGGAACCAAGAAGCGGGCCAUACCAUCGAACAGACCCCACAGUCCGCCGGAGAAGUCCACAAGGAGAUUCAGCAGCAGAACCCCCAAGCUGGGGAAUCGAAGGAGAACGACCUCCCAGAUGUUCUCAAGAACCAAGGCUUCGACUUGGACAAUCCACCAGCACUCGAUACAAUUGAGAAGCUGGGGAGAUACCCAACAAGGUUGAGAAGCUCUGUGUUUGGUCUGAUUCCGAGUAACGGGGGUUCAUCUUCCGACUCUUUCUCUUCUCCCAAAGGGACUCCUAGCAAGAAGCCGGUCACCAGCAAGUCUGCGAGCGAAGAGCCUUCUACAACAGAGGCUCCUGCCGAAAAGACCCCGGAAGAGCUUGACACCGAGGAUACUGGCACCGAGGAGCAUGUGUCUCAGGAUCCAGCCAGCACAGGCGCCAUAGGCGGUCUCAUGACUAUCCGGACUCUUCGUCCCCGGAAAGGCAAGGAGGACCUUCGGAGAAAUGAUAUGAAAUGA